GAUCAACAUAGGUCAGUGCAACCUAACCCCCGACUCGAAAACUGGUCUAAAAAAAAUUAAAUUAAUCUUAGAUUCUAGAAUCUAGAUUCCAUCAUAGUUCAUACCCAGAAAGAAUUGUAUAUUUCAGAUGGUGUACAAUCUGAUCAGCAUUUAUAACACUUGACAAGCCAGUUAAAGUGCUCCUAAGAAAAUAUUAUUUAAAUUUUUAUCAGAUCUUGGAUACACGGACUGAGACUAUUCGGCAUGGUCAUGUUUCUUAUUAAACUAAUUUUAUUUUAAAAAAAGAUUAUUAUAAAUACAGAUCCAGAAAUGAAGGCCAAAAUCUACUUACACGGGGAUGAGUCAGCUGAUGGCAGUACCUUGCACUGUUCAUUGUCAUCAACUGUCAUUAUCUUCCUCAUUCGCUACUGCCAGACUCAUCAAUUUGAGUUAGUCUUUGUCACUGACAGGAAUUCAUCCAAUUGUUGUUCUUUAAAAUUAAAGUGUCUUACAGACUUAAAGAUACAGUUUUCUCCAUGGUCUGAUGUGCCCUCACUGGUACAGAAUGUACAGUUACCCUCUCUCUACCAGCCACACAUGUCACUGGUUAGAUCUGGUCUAUGUGUACUACUCCGCCACAUAGUCCAAGAGGCAGACAAAACGUUCCCUGAGCUCAAACUGAUUGAUGUUCUGGGUUUCCGAGAAGGGAGCAUGAAGAUGUGUGCUGAGGUAUCUGGCUGGACUAAGCUCUGUGAAGUGGAUCUGGCACAGUCUAUUUUAGAACUGAUCAACUCAACCAAAGAUGCCAAAGAUUUAAAAAAUCAAAAACUACCACUGUCCUGCCAUUUCCUGAAGCUGGAAUCUCACUUUCAUAAAAAGUGUCGAGUUCACAAUGAUAACAGACAACGCAGGGCUGAAUUAAAUAGAAUAAAAAAGAGUUUGAUUCAGUGCAUAAAGAAAGGUUUGAAUCUGAAGAGAUUAGAAAAUGAAUUUUAUUCUUGUGAAGAUUGUACAGCGCUAAGUCCAGUCAAUAAAACUAUUGGCAACCGAAUAAGUGAUGAGGUUAAUGAUAGAACUAAUGCUGAGUUUAAUGAUAGGACUGAUGCUGAGACUAAUGACACCCAAAGAGGUUUCAAUGUAAACAAUUCAAAUUUUUUGCCUCAUCUUGCAAAAGUGGCUCUCAAAGUGACCACAGAUAACUCUGGUGUGAUAUUAGAGCAAGCUGUUCAUUUGAAGCAUGGAAUUCGUAGAGUGAGAAUCAAGAAACAAUUAGGUGACAUUAGAGCUGUCAAGAAAGAAAAAAAAAUUUCUGAUCGAGCUUCCUGCAAUCUCUCUGAUGGAAAAGAUUGUAAAGACAUACAAAUUCAACAUCACAAUGGAGACACUGAAAAUUCCUGUUUUGAUUUAACUUCAGACAUUUGUAACUUGUUGGAGGCACUUACAGUUCAAGAUGUUGAGUAUGUUCAUACUUACACAGAGGGUAUAGAGAUGACAUUAGCUGACCUCAUCCUCUUUGUUUAUUUCUACUGUCUUUUGGAAGCCCUAGACUUCAACAGCUCUAAUCUUGGACACUAUGUGCCUGCUAUCAUGUCAUGGUUGACCCACAUGUCCACCCUAUCUACCAUUGUCGGUGUUAGUGAAAGUUUGGGCUGGGAGGUUGGACGCUUGGUGACACAUCCAUCAACUGCAGGAGCUGAUGAGAUGUUUGUACUGGCAGUGGAAAGUACGUCUGCUGUUGAUGAUGAUGAAAUGGAGUUAAGUCGAUGUGCUAAAAUGAAACAUCGAGCCCUCAAAUCAGAUAUUGCUGAUAUUCUGACCAAAUUAAAGGACAGUAAUGUUACACCAUUGAGGGGAGAUCAUCCCUGUGGAGAUCAAGUGCAUUUAAAUUGGUCCUGUCUGCCAGCAGAUGUCCACCCUAAAGAAGGUGAUGUUCCCGAGAGCAGAAUGUUUCGAAAAUGUGAACAGUUGGAGAAUCUAGCUACAGCUGUACAGGCUCUGGCCAAACCAGGAGACAUACUGAUAGACUUUUGCAGUGGUGGUGGUCACCUUGGUAUUCUGAUGGCUUACCUUCUGCAAGAGUGUAAUGUCUUUUUGGUGGAAAAUAAAGAGGAAUCACUGCUUAAAGCUUGCUCUAGGAUUACUUCCCUUGGACUUCAAAAUGUCACACUUUACCAGUGCAAUUUGGAUUAUUUCAUUGGAAAGUUUGAUGUGGGCACUUCUCUGCAUGCUUGUGGAUCAGCAACAGACAUGGUUCUACAACUCUGUCAAGACGCUCAGGCAUCUUUUGUGGUAUGCCCUUGUUGUUAUGGCAGCAUCCAGAAAACCCACUUAAUGAGCUACCCUCGUAGUCAGCUGUUUAUACAACAUGCUGUGACUUAUAAGGAGUAUCUGACACUGGGUCAUGCUGCUGAUCAGACAGAACACAACAUUACUAUAAAAGAGAGAGGUCACCUCUGUAUGGAUUUGAUAGACACAGACAGGCUUCAGUAUGCUCAGCAGAUGGGAUACGUUGUGACCCUGACCUCACUUCAACCGCUCUCCUGUACACCUAAGAAUAACUUACUGAUAGGCAAACCUAAUGACUAGGAAAAUACAAUUCUCAUAAGUGAAUGUUCAAUGCCAAGAAAUCAACAAAGAACUGAAUUUUGUUAGCUCUAUUUUAUUAACUAAUUACUGUUAGUUUUUACAUAUUAGAAAACUUUGUUGACUUGAAUGGUAUUCAGAAUACAAGUGAUGUGGAUAAUGCAGUAUUAAGAGGGGGGGGGAAAACUUCUUGCUUUUUCCAUCAUCUGUCUAAAUCUGUUUUGUAAUUUGAUUUUUUAACAAAAUAUACCCCCCCCCCCCCUUUCCGCAUCUAUUUAAAAAAAAAACAACUUUUGCUCAGCACACAUCUGCCAUGUAUGGUAUUGAUGUCAGCUCUUUACUCUUGAAUUAAGGAAACUGCUUUUGAAAAAACAUCAGUUCUACUCUUCUUCCAGUAUCAGUUUGACAAAGAUUGUAUGAACUCACUGUCUGGUCAAAAGUAGGGACCUUGUUCUCCUACACUUUCAGAGCAAGUUGAAACUUCGCACAAUUAGUCAUUGGCAUAGAAAUGGCAUGAAUCAAUACAAAAAAUUAACCAAUUUUUAGUCCUUUACUGGAGUUCUUUCCAUUAGAUAAGCAUUUGUGUUUUAAAUUGAUAUUGUGUAUAUAGUUUUGUAUUAUUUUGUUUUAUAAUUUUAAAUUGAUAUCUGACAGUUGUUUUUUUUUAUCACGCUUCAAUAAAAUGUUCACACGGGUA